AUGACCACCACGAAGAAGAUGAUGACUGUUCUCAUCCUAGCGAUAACGCUCGUCGCCGCGACGACCGCGACGCCCGUCGACUCGGAGAAGAUGGAGGCGCUCCGCUUCCUGCGCGUGUACGGUUUUCUAAAGGACGAUGGAGGAUCAUUGUCAUCCAGCAACGCGACGUCUCUGCGUCACGCGCUGUCGCUGUUUCAGGAAUACUAUCAAUUGUCCGGAAAUGGUGCGUUAAACGCUGAUACGCUUUGCCUUAUGCGCAAAUCGCAAUGCGGUCUCGCGGACAUUCCCGGUCGCGCGUAUAGACCGAUUGCGCGAAAAUACCCGAAAACGCGUCUCACGUGGAACUUUCAAGUGGCUAGCAAAGAACUCUUAAGAACGGCCGAAGCGGCGUUCGCGUUAUGGACGAUGAAUUCGUUAACGUUCGCGCGCGACCCGCUACGUCCCGAUAUACUGAUAUCGUAUCGAACAGACGCCCACACCUACGCGAAUCGCCGAAGCGGCGACAUUUGUCCGGCGGCGUUCGACGGUCCGGGAUAA